UCCGGCGUAACUGCAGCCAUCUUGACGCGGUCGCUUCACUUCUGGCUUCGUGGCUCAUUGAACCGAUCAGACGCCGUUUAUUCGUCGAUAACGGCACGGUGAGGGCUGACAUGUCGUGUUUGCUGGUCACGCUGGCGGCGGCGGUGCUGCUCGGCUCGGAGGCUGCCGGUAAAACCGUGACGGGACUUCUGGGGAGCGAAGCGGCGCGACGGCAGAGCGGCCAGUUCAUCACCAAAUUCAUGUACCAAGGAGGCAGCGGCCUGCUGGUGUGUCGGCUCGACAACUGGGCUCUGGCUGCAGAGAAGGAGUCCAGACUGCUGCUGUAUCAGGACCUGGACUCGGACCUGGACAACCUGAGCUGCUCCGACAGGCUCGCUAAAGCCCAUUUCACCGUUCCCCUCAGCCAAGAAGAACACAACCAGACCAUCCCCCGUCAGCCGUCGCCCACCGCCUGGCAGGUCCUGUACGCCGACAGAUACACCUGUCAGGAAAGUGCAGUGAUCCCUUCCCACGCUGAUCUGACUUUUACCGUGCUGCUGUUUAAUGCCGACUCUGCUGGAAACCCUCUGGAGCACUUCAGUGCAGAGGAAGCAGGGCUCCACAGUUUCUACUUCCUGCUGCUGCUGGCCUACUUCAUCGCCUGCUGCAUCUACGUCCAGCCUCUGUACCAGGCUCUGAGGAAGGGAGGGCCGAUGCACACCGUCCUCAAAGUCCUGACCACAGCGCUGGCCCUGCAGGGCUGCUCCGCCCUCUGCAACUACAUCCACCUGGCCAGGUAUUCCAGAGAUGGUGUUGGUCUUCCACUGAUGGGCAGCCUGGCAGAAUUCUGGGACAUGGUGUCCCAGGUGUCCAUGCUCUACAUGCUGCUGAGUCUCUGUAUGGGCUGGACUCUGAGUCGAGGCAGGAAGCCUCAGUCCAGACCUCUGCAGUGGGAGCAUUCUCCAGCCUCCACGGCCGUCGCUGUCGGUGGCGUCAUCACACAGGGAGUGCUGCUGCUGUGGGAGCAGUAUUCAGAGUCCGACAGCGAACAUCACAGCUUCCACGCCCAGCAGAGCCUGGCAGGCCUCCUCCUCAUGGCUCUGAGAGUGGGCCUGGCUCUGCUGCUGGCCUCCGUCCUCUACCAGAUCAUCUCCACCGAGAGGAGCACCCUGAAGAGAGACUUCUACCUCAGCUUUGCCAAGGGAUGCUUCCUGUGGUUCCUCUGUCACCCCGUCCUCAUCCUCACGUCCACCGUCUUCAACGAGCACCAGAGAGAGAAGGUGGUGACCAUCGGUGUGAUCCUCUGCCAGUCCAUCUCCAUGGUGAUCCUCUACCAGCUCUUCCUGUCUCGCUCUCUGUACUGGGAGGUGUCCUCUCUGUCCUCGGUGUCUCUGCCGCUCACCAUGUCAAGAACCAACCACAGGGGGCGCUACUGAGCACGGAGGACUUUCCGUGACGCCGCAGGGACGCAUCUUUCUCCUUCUACAGCCGCAGGACGACAUUCCCAGCAACAGCCUACCUCGAGCUACAGACGGCGACCGGAACCGGUAGCUAGUUAGCGGAAGUUAGCGGAGUUGAAGACGGAUUCAUCAGGAUUACGGAGAUAAUCAUACAAACGGUUCGAUUCCCUACGUCACCACUGAGCUCUGGAUUUAGACUCGGCUCGUUUUAGCUGGAAAGACUUGAAGUUGCCAAAGAGAUGGUUUGUAAGACGGAACAACUGGAGUUCAUGUGCAAACUACACGACAAGGCCCAAACCAAGAACGCCUCCAAACAAAGCCAUUCCUCUGGGACUAUUUUCAGCUGCGAAUGAAUACACGCUUUUCUAUUUUGGACCUUCAUCAGAAUUGUUUCUGAUAGUUUUUGGUGGAAAACUGUGGCAGGUUGUUGGUUUCUGUCUUGUCAUCGGAUUGAAGACGCGUCAGUGGAAGGCUGGACGGAUCGAAGCAGCACGAGUUCCGAAAAAAGACAUGGAAAAGCCAAAAAUAUCACCCUAGCUGUGCGUUGAGUUAUUUUUCCGUGGAUUUAUUCGUCAGGAGACAGCAUGUGAGACCUCUGAAAACCCCUCCGACCUGUAGCUGAAAACACACUGCAUGACUCCACAUGAGGAGGAACCAAAGCCUACUAAGAAUGAAUCCCUCUGUGUAAAUACAUUCCAGUGACGUUCCGACUCCGCAUCCUGAGCGAGGCUCGUUAGACGACCUCUAACUGGUGUCGGUCGGAGCCCAGAGGGACGCGAUGAAGACAGCUGACAUAUUUAUUCAGUUAUUUAUUUUGCAGAGUGGAUAUUUGGAGAGCAGCACAUUAUAAAGAAAUCACAGGGUUUUUGUUUUGUGCAGCUUCAUGUUUGUUUCCACUGUUCAGAUUUUCAAGAUGCGUUAAUGUCGUUACACUACAUGAAAGCUCAACUGCAGCAACACUUUCUAGCUUUUCCUGGAGCUUUCAGCCGUCACUCUGACACAUCACCGUGACUCGUUAUCACCUCGUUAAAGUGUCUGACUUUGGUCACAGUGUUUAAAUCCAUCCACCUCCAUUCACGUGGAUGAAAGCAUUAAAAAAAAAAGCUAAUAAGUGGGCUUUGAGUUAACAGUGUCCUGAAGUUUUCUUUCACUCAUCCCUAAAAUGCAUUAUUAUCCUUUAGCUGAGACACUUUUUGAGGACACUUCUUCUGUUUUUAAUCCUCUGAACCUCAAGCAGUUGCUGGUUUUUGCAGGUUUUUCACUGCAGUAUGAAAUCCUGUCCCUGUAUGGAAACCUGUCUGUGCAGCGUAACAGCAGAAACGCUGCAGAAGAAACGGGUGACUCUACAUAUUAUAGAGCAGGGUUGUCAAACAUGUGGCCCACGGGCCAAAAGCGGCCCUCCAGAGGGUCCAAUCCGGCCUGACUUUGUAAAGAGUAAAAUUUCCAGAGAAGACAUUAACUGCAGAUUGUAAAUUAGUAAAACUAUGAAUUUAAAAUAAUUUCUAGGCAAUGGCAAGUUGUUUUGAUCAGAAAGUGAAAUGUUAUAUUGGUCAUUGUCCAUUUGUCGCUUUGUGUCUCAUUUUUUGUCAUGUUUUGUCUUGUUUUUGUUGUUUUUUGUCUGACUUUUGUCGUUUGUUUUGUUUGCUUUUUGUCAUGCUUGUAUAUUUUGUCUUAUUUGUCUCAUUUUCUCUUUUGCUUUAUUCAUUGUUUUGUGCAUUGUUUUGUGUAAUUUUUUGUCUUGUUUAUGUCAUUUGCCCAUUUUUUUGGCACUUUCUAACUUUUUUGCCUCAUUUUUUGUCUCUUUUCUGUUUUGUUUCAUGUCUGUGAGAUUUUUUGUCGUUUUGUUCUCGUCAUUUUGUGUCACGUUUUUGUAAUAUUUUGUCCUGUUUUUUGAUGUUUUUUGUCUUUUCUUGUCCGACUGUUGUUUCGAUCAUGACUAAAUGUUGUGUUCCUUUGUAGACACUCUAUGAUCUGGAAGUUGUAAUGUGGAAAUGAUAAACUGAGGUAUAAUGUU